AUGCCUCUUCGACUUGAUGUCAGGAAAAAGUUAUCGUCGCGUUCAGAUAGGGUAAAAGCCAUCGACUUACAUUCAUCGGAGCCGUGGAUAUGCGCUUCGCUUUAUAACGGAAACGUACACGUGUGGAAUAUCGAUACACAGCAGUUGAUAAAAACCUUUGAAGUAUGUGCCGCUCCAGUCAGAGCCGUUCGGUUUAUCCCGAGAAAAAACUGGCUAGUCACUGGAUCCGAUGAUAUGAUGCUGCGGGUUUACAACUACAAUACGCUCGAACGAGUACACCAGUUUGAGGCACAUUCAGAUUACAUCCGCUCCAUUGCCGUCCACCCAACGCAGCCCUUCAUCCUCACCAGUUCGGAUGAUAUGUUCAUCCGCCUUUGGGAUUGGGAGAAAAAUUGGGCUUGCGCUCAGGUCUUUGAGGGUCAUACACACUACGUAAUGCAGUUGGUCAUAAAUCCCAAGGACAACAACACUUUCGCCACUGCUUCCCUCGACAAGACGGUUAAGGUCUGGUCACUGGGCUCACAACAGGCCAACUUCACUCUCGAGGGUCAUGAGCGCGGCGUCAACUGUGUGGAUUAUCAUCCGAGCGCAGACAAACCCUACCUCGCCAGUGGCUCCGAUGAUCGGACUGUGCGCGUCUCGCUCGCCUUCCACCCUGAUCUACCCAUCAUUCUGACCGGCUCGGAGGACGGCACAGUGCGCAUGUGGCACUCAAACACCUACCGUCUGGAGUCUACUCUGAACUACGGCCUGGAGCGAGUGUGGGCAGUGACCUGCCACAAAGGCAGUCAGCAGGUAGGCAUUGGCUAUGACGAGGGUACCAUCGUUAUCGCCCUGGGUCGUGAGGACCCCGCCAUGUCAAUGGAUUCCUCGGGCAAGCUGGUGUGUGCCCGUCAUGCUGAGCUGGUUCAGGCCAAUGUUCGUUCCGUCAUUGCAUCCCUUGCCAACGAGGAGGGCUCUGCUACUGCCCUAGAGGAUGGAGCUCGUUUGCCGAUAUCCUACAAAGAGAUGGGUGCUUGUGAGAUCUAUCCUCAAACCCUGUCCCACAGCGCCAACGGCCGCUUUGUUGUGGUAUGCGGUGAUGGUGAGUACAUAAUCUACACUGCCAUGGCCCUGCGAAACCGCAUGUUUGGACAGGCCCUGGAAUUUGUCUGGUCGCAGGCUGACACCAACAUGUAUGCUGUCCUGGAAACCAACGCUAUCUUUAAGGCAAGUAGCCCUGACAUUAUCUUCAAAAACUUCAAGGUGCAUCAGACUAUCAAGCUGGACUUUGGCGCCGACCAGAUCUUUGGCGGUCACCUGUUGGGCGUGCGAUCAGUGGCCGGGUUCACCUUCUACGACUGGCAGACGGGUGAGCUGGUGCGACGCAUCGAUGUGACACCCAAGGCUGUCUACUGGGCUGAUGGCGGC